AUUGAUUUUCAAGGCUACAAAUAAACACUAUUAUUCUUAUUAUUAUCAUAUAAUUCAUAUUAUUAAUCAUUUCUUUCAUUGCAAUUCGGAUAACACCGCUAACUACUGUCCUCUAACUCUAUCUCUCACUCUCCAAGGGCAUGGGCAUGGCGGCCACGAUGACAGGGUCAGCUUCUUCUUCUUCUUCUUCACUCAAGAAUUUCACCUUCAAUGCCUCUCAAAGAAUGCCUGCCACGCUUCUUUCUCCACAGAGCUUUCUGGGUCUUCGUUCUCGACCCUCAUCUUCUUUAACUUCCUCUUCUCUUUCCCAUUUCUUUGGGAAUGCUCGUCUCAGCUCAAAAUCUGUUAAGCUCACUGGUUCAAAUCAGCAAACCCGAAGAAGAAACCUAUCUGUUUUCUCCAUGGCCGCUGAUGCUCCAGCGGACAAGCGUGCUGUGCCAUUGAAUGAUUAUCGAAAUAUCGGAAUUAUGGCUCAUAUAGAUGCAGGAAAGACCACAACCACGGAAAGGGUUCUGUUCUAUACAGGAAGAAAUUAUAAAAUAGGGGAAGUACACGAGGGAACAGCUACUAUGGAUUGGAUGGAGCAGGAACAAGAAAGAGGGAUUACCAUAACUUCAGCUGCAACAACCACAUUUUGGAACAAGCACAGAAUUAACAUAAUCGAUACUCCUGGUCACGUUGACUUCACUCUUGAAGUGGAGCGAGCCCUCAGGGUAUUGGAUGGUGCAAUAUGCUUGUUUGACAGUGUUGCUGGUGUGGAACCGCAAUCUGAAACUGUGUGGAGGCAAGCUGACAAAUAUGGUGUACCCAGGAUUUGCUUUGUUAAUAAGAUGGAUCGUAUGGGGGCAAAUUUUUUUAGAACCAGAGACAUGAUUGUCACAAAUUUGGGUGCCAAACCACUGGUGAUUCAGAUUCCGGUUGGUGCUGAAGAUAAAUUUAAGGGUGUUGUUGAUCUUGUGAGGAUGAAAGCCAUAAUUUGGUCUGGGGAAGAGUUGGGUGCAAAGUUUGAGUAUGUGGACAUUCCAGAAGAUCUUCAGGAGCUGGCUCAAGAAUACAGGUCUCAGAUGAUUGAGAACAUAGUCGAACUAGAUGAUAGUGCUAUGGAAAGCUACCUAGAAGGAGAAGAGCCUGAUGAAGAAACCAUAAAGAAGUUAAUUAGAAAGGGAACCAUUGGUGGUAGUUUUGUGCCGGUUUUAUGUGGCUCAGCCUUUAAGAAUAAGGGUGUUCAACCAUUGCUUGAUGCUGUUGUAGAUUAUUUGCCUUCGCCACUCGACGUGCCUCCUAUGAAGGGUACUGAUCCAGAUAACCCUGAAAUAAUAAUAGAGAGGUCUGCCAAUGAUGAUGAACCAUUUUCUGGACUAGCUUUCAAGAUCAUGACUGAUCCAUUUGUGGGCACCCUUACAUUUGUAAGAAUCUAUGCUGGGAAGCUUUCUGCAGGGUCGUAUGUGAUGAACGCAAACAAGGGAAAGAAAGAGAGGAUUGGUAGACUUCUAGAGAUGCACGCUAACAGCCGAGAGGAUGUUAAAGUAGCUUUGGCAGGUGAUAUUGUUGCCCUUGCAGGUCUAAAAGAUACCAUUACUGGUGAAACAUUAUGUGAUCCUGAAAAUCCUAUUGUGCUCGAAAGGAUGGACUUCCCUGAUCCUGUCAUUAAGGUGGCAAUUGAACCUAAGACUAAAGCUGAUAUUGAUAAAAUGGCUACUGGUUUGAUUAAGCUUGCGCAAGAAGAUCCUUCAUUUCAUUUCUCAAGGGAUGAAGAGAUUAACCAGACAGUCAUUGAAGGGAUGGGAGAAUUGCAUCUCGAGAUUAUUGUUGAUCGGUUAAAGAGAGAAUUCAAGGUAGAAGCUAAUGUUGGAGCGCCCCAAGUGAACUACAGAGAAAGCAUUUCUAAGGUAUCAGAAGUGAAGUACGUACACAAAAAGCAGUCUGGUGGGCAAGGUCAGUUUGCCGAUAUCACUGUUCGGUUUGAACCUAUGGAGGCAGGCAGUGGAUAUGAGUUCAAGAGCGAAAUCAAGGGUGGUGCAGUUCCAAAAGAAUACAUUCCAGGAGUAAUGAAAGGUUUAGAGGAGUGCAUGAACAACGGUGUGCUAGCAGGCUUUCCCGUUGUUGAUGUUCGUGCUGCACUAGUAGAUGGUUCUUACCACGAUGUAGACUCUAGUGUAUUGGCGUUCCAGCUUGCAGCCAGAGGAGCUUUUCGGGAAGGGAUGAGAAAAGCUGGCCCUAAGAUGCUUGAACCAAUCAUGAAAGUUGAGGUUGUCACACCUGAAGAACAUCUGGGAGAUGUUAUUGGUGAUCUCAACUCUAGGAGAGGACAGAUCAACAGCUUCGGCGACAAACCUGGUGGUCUCAAGGUGGUUGAUGCACUGGUUCCUCUAGCAGAGAUGUUUCAAUAUGUUAGUACACUCAGGGGAAUGACAAAAGGGCGUGCUUCCUACACCAUGCAGUUAGCCAAGUUCGAUGUUGUGCCUCAACACAUCCAAAAUGAGCUUGCUGCUGCCAAGGAGCAAGAAGUUGCUGCUUGAUUUUUUUAUUUUUUUUUCAUUUUCUCAUGUUUGGCAAAUAAUAAUAGUUAACAAUUUUAUUUUGGCAAAUCAUAGUUUUUUUCCAUGUUCAUAUUUUGUAUCAGGAAGUCUCAUGUCAGCUUCAACAAGAGAACACAAGAUGUAUUAUAGGAACUUCAUAUUAAGUCUCAUGUCAUUCUUCGAUUUAGCAAAAUAAUAUGGCGUUUCGAGAUUA